GCGACCCCCUUUCUCCUGUUUCUAAAAAGUCAUCUUCUUUCUCUCUCUCUCUCCAACCCUAAACAAAAAGCAUUGUUUCUCUUUUUGAACCACUAAAACACUCCUCCACGCGCCACGAACUCCUCCACACACCACUUUCCCUCCACAUGGCGUCUGACGCCGUCAAAUACAUGCCGAUUAACGGCGGAACAACCACCACCGCCGCCGCAGAAAUAAGAAGCUUCUUAUCCGCCGUGAAGCCACGAAAAACAUCAACUUUCGCUUACGCGUUUGUAAUAACCUUCGUCUCUUUCACUCUCUUCUUCGCCUUUAGUCCUUCUCCGAACUCAUCUUCUCCUUGGUUCUCUAACAUCUUCUCCUCCUCCGCCGUGGCUUCUUCAUCGGAAACCACUUCCGGAUCUCACUUCUCUUCGAUCUUCUCCUACAUCAUCCCCAAUGUCACUAACCCCACCAAUAGAUCUAGCGACGCCACGUCUAACACCACCUCCCCUGUCUCCGUAAACUCCACUUCGCCGCCGGAAAACCAAACUCCGGUUGUUAAAAACACAACCUUUGAAUCUCCGGUCGUAAACCAGACAAACCCAGUUGUAAAAAACAGUUCUUUGCAAGCACCACCGCCGGAAAAUCGAACUCCGGUUGAUAAAAACACAACCUUUGAAUCUCCGGUCGUAAACCAGACAAACCCAGUUGCAAAAACCAGUUCUUUGCGAGCACCACCGCCGGAAAACCGAACUCCGGUUGCUAAAAACGCAACCUUUGAAUCUCCGGUCGUAAACCAGACAAACCCAGUUGCCAAAAACAGUUCUUUGCAAGCACCGCCGCCGGAAAACCGAACUCCGGUUGAUAAAAACACAACCUUUGAAUCUCCGGUCGUAAACCAGACCAACCCAGUUGCAAAAACCAACACUUCACAACCUCUGCUUCCGACAGGAUCAAGUAAUCAGACGACAGCUCCGUCGCCGUCGAAAGCACCACCAGUGUCGGUGGAUCUGCCGGUCAAUUCAACUUCCUCAACUCCUAAACCGGGAAAGCAAACCGGUGACUCUGUUUCUUUAUUGGAACAAGAGAUCGAGAAAUGGAGUGAAUCACUAAAAGACUGUGAGUUCUUCGACGGUGAAUGGAUCAUGGAUGAUUCGUAUCCUCUCUACAAACCCGGUUCGUGUAAGAUCAUCGAUGAACAGUUCAACUGUAUUUCAAACGGAAGACCCGACAAAGACUUUCACAAACUCAAGUGGAAACCUAAGAAAUGUAGUUUACCAAGGUUAAAUGGAGUUAUAAUGUUGGAGAUGCUUAGAGGAAGAAGGCUAGUGUUUGUGGGUGAUUCUUUGAAUAGGAACAUGUGGGAGUCUCUAGUUUGUAUGCUUAAAGGAUCAGCUAAAGAUGAGAGUAAAGUCUAUGAAGCUAGUGGUAGACAUCAUUUUCGUGGGGAAGCUGAGUACUCCUUCGUCUUCCAAGAUUAUAAUUGCACGGUGGAGUUCUUUGUUUCACCGUUUUUGGUUCAAGAGAAUGAGAUUGUUGACAAGAAGGGAACCAAGAAGGAGACGCUACGUCUUGAUUUGGUUGGGAAGUCCUCAGAGCAGUACAAAGGAGCUGAUAUUAUUGUCUUUAAUACCGGACAUUGGUGGACUCACGAGAAAACAUCCAAAGGGGAGGAUUAUUAUCAAGAAGGGAGCAAUGUGUACCACGAACUCGCUGUACUCGAAGCGUUCCGUAAAGCUUUAACCACAUGGGGUCGAUGGGUUGAGAAGAAUGUGAACCCUAACCAGUCCCUUGUCUUCUUCCGUGGCUACUCGGCUUCGCAUUUCAGUGGUGGACAAUGGAACUCAGGAGGAGCUUGCGACAGCGAAACGGAACCGAUCAAGAACGAGACGUACCUAACACCGUACCCGGAUAAAAUGAAGGUGCUAGAGAAAGUGUUAAAGGGUAUGAGAACGCCGGUAACGUAUCUUAACAUCACUAGAUUAACGGACUACAGAAAAGAUGGUCACCCUUCAGUGUACCGGAAACAAAACUUAUCGGAUAAAGAAAAGAAAACGCCGUUGCUGUAUCAAGACUGUAGUCACUGGUGUCUACCUGGAGUUCCUGACUCUUGGAAUGAGAUUCUAUAUGCUGAGCUGCUUGUUAAACUCAACCAGCUUGGUAAAACACGACCGAAUCCUUAAAAAGGUUUUUUUUUCAUCUCAGAACAUUUGUUUGGUGAUGAUCUCAAUACUUUGCUUUCUUCUGCUUUAAAUUGUUUUUGGUUUAUAAUAGAAUGUGUAGGGUUAGAAAAGGAUGAAAAAGUAUGAUUUACUCUCUUAUAUCUUUGCUACUUUUUAUUGUAAAUGCUUUUGUUACCACGGUUACUAUACUUAGCUCCAAAGAGAAGUUACAUAUUUUAAUAUUUUGAUCCCAAUAAUCUCUGUUACAUAUGCUGGAUUAUCUAUGAGGUGGAACAUUGUUUCUUGGGGGUUUUUAAAACUUUUUGCGGCCUCUAUGAAACAGAAUAGCUUUAUGCAAAUUCUGGUUUCAACUUGUUGUAAACCAUAUUUUUAUUCUUUACCAUUUAGCAAAAAAAAAACAUUGUUAUUUUUUGAUGUUGAAAUAAAGUUUUGGGUUUAGGAAUAAUGUAAAUGUAAACGCAAGACUUUGCAUAUGGAAGCAUGGACGUGAGAGACUGUCAAUCACCGACAGUUCCGACAAGAUUUGUCUAGUUUUGGAAAAUAAAAUAUAGGAUCUGAAGACAAUGGGUUCGGUCCCGAGUCUCACAUGGGAUGUUUGGACUUUUGUUGACUAAGAAGAAAGCUCUUUUAAAAAUGUUCAUUAGGACAAAUGCUUUUAUGAGUUCAGUGCGAUCGGAUCCAACCUGGUGCAGUUGUUCUCCACGUGACGUACUUUCUUACCUUUUUAAUUAUGUAUUAAUGUAAAGAGUAAAUAUAUACAUGUGACUAUUUGGUUGGAGAUUAGGAAAAAGCAGAUACAAUGUGUUUAUGUUUGUGUAGAAACUAAGAUAAGGGAUGCUUACAAAUUGAAGAAAGCUGGAAAUAUCUGAAGUACGCAGUACGAAACUCAACUGUCGUACAAAAUUGCUUUAUUUAACGAGAAAAGUAGCGAGUGACAUUUUGUUGACGACAUAGCUAUAAUAAAUUGGAC